AGUCUAUUAACCGAUGAGUUUAGUCAUGUUCUGUGUUGCCACCCUGUAGCUGUCUCAAGCUCAUGCAUGUGUCUCUUCCAUGAGUGAAUGAUUGAGUCCAUCCAUCGGUCCGUCAGCAGGCACAUGACGCGACUCACACCCAUUCCCUCUCUCUCUCACACACACACGCAGGCCUACACGUCCCCGCUCGCUCCUUCAGCCGUUCCCUGUCGUGUCUUUCUUCCAGCGGCUGUGGUGCCAGCUGUCCCGAAUGUUCCACUCCUCUCGCGAGUACUCAUCAUCAUCCUGCAGCAUGAUAUGAUACACACAUACAUAUGUCUUUCACCAGCUCAUGAUCGUGCUCAGCCCAUCUGCCACCUGUACAUCCUUCAGGACGAAGCGAAUGAAUUCGGCCGCCUCGUCAGCUGUGUACAGCUCACCACGAUCCCUCAUACCCUACAGACACACGCACAUGUGCACACAAACCAGAUGCCGCCUUGGACAUGGAGGUGUCCAUCGGCUCACCCGUAGGUACUCCACAUCAGGCAGCUGCGUCGCAGGUGUCUCGAUGAGCUUUGUCAGCCCGGGCGUGUCCACUGUCCCCGGCCGCACACUCGCUAUCCUCACUUUUCCCAUCGUCGGCAGCUCCAGCUGACAUACACACAGACACACACGUGGGCUGAGGCAGGGCAUGUCUGGUCGGCCAUCGAUAUGUAUUCCGUCUCUCACCCACCCGCAGCUGCUCGUACAACCGAUGGAAGGCGGCUUUGGUCACGCCAUAGGUCAAGCUGCCCACCUGUGGCCUGCGCAAUGCAAUCAGACAUCCAUCACACACAAAGUAAAUUGCCCCUCGUUUGUGCACAGCUGUGGGUGUGGUGUGCCGCGGCAGGCAUGUACCUUACCGGUGUGCGAUGCCGGCGCCGACGUGCAAGAUGCGCCCUGGCGGCUGCGAUCGCUCCAGCAGAGGCAGCAGCUCUUGGGAGAGGAACAGCGGCGCCGUCACAUUGGUCUCCAUCGCAUCCUACACAACCAAGUACACAGACAGACAGCAACACCUCCAAGGACGAGCCUGCGAGCCUAAUAGUGCAUUCAUUCAUUCAUCUCACCUGAAAUUGCUCGAGAGAGAUGUGCCCGACCCUCUCAGGCUCCCCCACAGCCGCGUCAUGAACCAGGUAUCGCACAUUGGCCCCUUCCCUCGCCCGCAGCGCACCGACAAUGUCGCUCCAUGCCUCGGGGCGUCUGAUGUCGGCUCUACAGGGGUGGAUGAGGGACGGAUUGGGGCACGACUGACGCAGAGCGUCAAGCGAGCUGCCCGUGCGACUGACAGCAAGUACGUGAAGGCCGUCGUUGGCGAGAGCGCGGCAAAGCGCAGCACCGAUCCCCGAACCCUGCAAGCCAAGCAGCCAAAACCAAACACAGCCGGCCACCAGUUGCCGGGGCGCAUGGCUCGGCUCCUCUGUGCCGUCGGUGCCUCUGCCUCCCUCCCUCACUCACCGCGCCAGUGACAACAGCCCAUUCCUCUCCUGCAU